UGUCGUUCAGUCGGGGGGAGGAGGAGUCGUGUGUGUGUGUGUAGCCUGUCCGGGGCUGUGUGUAGCGCCGCUUAGCGUCUUUCCAGCCCUGGCCUGCUUUGUGUGUCCCGGGACCUGAGGGAGGGCGAGAGCAUCUCCUCCUUCCCCUGUGCGCCUCAUUCCCGACUGCUCGGCCCCCCGCCAUCAUGUCCAAGCGGCUGAAGAGCCCGGAGGUGUGCGCCGACUGCAGCCAGCCGGAUCCUCGCUGGGCAUCUAUUAACAGAGGUGUCUUGAUAUGCGAUGAAUGCUGCAGUGUACAUCGAAGCCUGGGACGGCACAUCUCACAAGUGAGGCAUCUUAAGCACACCCCAUGGCCUUCAACCCUCCUGCAGAUGGUCCAGACAUUGUACAGCAAUGGAGCAAAUUCAAUCUGGGAACAUUCUUUGCUUGACCCGGCAUCUAUAAUGAGUGGAAAGCGUAAAGCCAAUCCCCAAGAUAAACUUCAUCCAAACAAGGCUGAAUUUAUUAGAGCUAAAUAUCAAAUGCUGGCAUUUGUUCACCGAUUACCCUGUCGAGAUGAUGAUAGUGUUACAGCCAAAGACCUUAGCAAGCAACUUCACUCAAGUGUGAGGACUGGCAAUUUGGAGACUUGUCUAAGGCUGUUAUCCCUAGGGGCACAGGCCAAUUUUUUUAACCCGGAAAAGGGAAGUACAUCUCUUCACGUGGCAGCUAAAGCGGGACAGAUCCAACAGGCAGAGCUUCUUGCAGUGUAUGGAGCAGAUCCAGGCACACCAGAUUCUGCUGGCAAAACACCCAUUGACUAUGCAAGGCAAGGUGGCCAUCAUGAAUUGGCAGAUCGUCUUGUGGAAAUUCAACAUGAAUUGACCGACAGAUUAGCAUUUUAUUUAUGUGGAAGGAAGCCCGACCAUAGAAAUGGACAGCACUUUAUUAUACCACACAUGGCAGACAGGAGGCUCAGUUUAGAUUUAUCAGAACUUGCCAAGGCUGCGAAGAAAAAACUUCAGUCUUUAAGCAAUCACUUAUUCGAAGAAUUAGCAAUGGAUGUAUAUGAUGAAGUUGACAGACGAGAAACAGAUGCAGUUUGGCUUGCCACUCAGAAUCACAGCACCCUUGUCACCGAGACCACUGUUGUACCUUUCCUUCCAGUUAACCCAGAGUAUUCCUCAACACGUAACCAGGGAAGGCAAAAAUUAGCCCGAUUUAAUGCUCAUGAAUUUGCAACACUGGUGAUAGACAUUUUAAGUGAUGCCAAAAGACGACAACAGGGAAGUUCAGUAUCUGGAUCGAAAGAUAAUGUGGAAUUGGUGUUAAAAAGUAUAAGUAAUCAACAUAGUACAGAAAGUCAAGAUUAUGACCAGCCAGAUUAUGACAGUGUGGCAUCAGAUGAAGAAACAGACUUUGAGAAUGCUCCAGCUAAAUCAAAUAGAGAAAAGAGUUUGGAAGGUGAUGUGUCUGAUGGGACUGUCACAGCACAAGUUUUUCUGGAUGUAAAAAAUGCCCUGGCUGCAUCAGAAGCAAAAAUUCAACAGCUGAUGAAGGUUAAUAGCAAUCUGAGUGAUGAUCUCCGGAUAAUGCAGAAAAAGCUCCAAACACUGCAAUGUGAAAACACCAACCUCAGGAGACAGGCCACAGCAAAUCUAUAUCAGGUCCCUGCUGGGUCAGAAUUUGCAGACCUCGCCAACCCACCUUCACUAAAGAGACGGCCUUCAGGACGAGGUAGUAGACCCAUGUCUAUGUAUGAGACUGGAUCAGCUCAGAAACCCUACCUCCCAUUGGGGGAAGUUUCAUAUCCAGAGGAGGGCAUUAAAAGACUGCAGCCUUUUCCACCACAUAUUGGGAGGAGUGCUUUUGUGACCUCCUCUUCAUCCCUGCCAUCCUUCCCCUCCACGCUUUCCUGGUCAAGAGAUGAAAGUACACGAAGGGGGUCAAAAGUAGAAAAACAGACAAGUGUGCCAGAAAGUGACUAUGAUAAUACCAUCCAUGAUACAGAGCUUGAGGAAACGAGUUCAAGUAGAAAAGGAAGGCAGCGAAGUAUACCAUGGCAUGGGGAAGGUUCAAUUCCUGAAAUGGAAGAUCCUGAUGUUGAUGUUAGUGCAACUCUCCCCAGCACUGAAGAUGUCAUAAGGAAAACUGAGCAGAUAACAAAGAACAUUCAAGAACUUCUAAGAGCAGCACAAGAAAACAAGCAUGACAGCUAUAUACCAUGUUCAGAAAGAAUACACGUUGCAGUGACAGAAAUGGCAGCCUUAUUUCCAAAGAAACCCAAGUCAGAUAUGGUAAAGACCUCUCUACGACUUCUUACAUCCAGUGCUUAUCGACUGCAAACAGAAUGCAAAAAGACUCUUCAGGUGGAAUCUAGUCCAAGCACGGACGUCCAGUUGGUAACACAGCAAGUUAUCCAGUGCGCCUAUGAUAUUGCUAAGGCAGCCAAGCAACUGGUCACCAUCACAACCAAAGAAAACACAAACUAAAUGACAGUUCUCUUUUGUUUUAUUGAGAGGAGGCUUGACUUUCAAGACUUUUUUUAUAUAUAAAAUGGCAGGUUCCUCAAUAUCAGUAUUACUAUUUGCAUGUUUUAUUCUAAAGUAUUUGUUUUGAACUAUUUAACACACUGCCUUAUAUGUAAUACUGCCAGUUCAAACAAUAGUGUGUUAUUUAAUUUAGCAUCAUUGCGUCCUAUAGGUUUUAUCAUUGCUCUCAUUUUUUUUUUUUUCACUUAAAUCACUGUGAGAAGUUAUAGAAAAAUGCUUUCAUUAUAUUUUUUUCACAUUCUGUAUUACUGAAAGUAUUAUUCUGUGCUGGGUCACCCCAUCCUCUGCUAAUCACAAAAUAUUUGUAGUAAUGUUUUUAUCCAAAGCUGGGGGAUUCUUAUUUUAAAAUCAGUGGUAACCUUGUGUGACACAGUAGCUUCUAAGGUCAACCAUACAUUAUGCAGUACAUGUUUGCAACAUGCAGUAAACAACUGACUGCCUAAACUCUGGUUACAGUCUGCAUUUUGCACAUUAUCAUUGGCUAUUUACACUGCCUUAUUAAAUAAGCCUGAUGGCUUAGAAGUGAUAUUAAAUGUUUCUUGACUAGUCACAGGAGUCGUGCGGCAAAUUUGAACAUCUCUGGACAGCCUGUUGAGAUUACACCUUCAAUCUGAGUUUGAAUUUAUAGGCUUAACAGUCUCAGUGGGAGCAUGGAUCUUUUAAAGUGUGGCAUGAAGCGAGGUUCUUAUAAGGCAGUCUGCUCCUCCACUUGUAAGUCAUAUUUUCUUUAUGUAGUAUUUAGAGGAAAAAGCACAUAACCCUGAAACACAGAACUCCCUUCACAGUGUUCACAUGUGCAGAGCCAUUCUGGUGCCAGAGCAGGGGUGACAUGUGAAACACCCUUUUAAACCGUACAAGGUCGGCUGCAUUAAAAUUCUGAUGAUCAUAAUUUCAGCUGCCUUUGGAAGGUGGUCACUGUAUUUACACAUAACUAGGUUUUAUGAAUCAUGCAUUCUGAUUUCAGAUUGACAAAAGUACAACCCGAGCUGUUUGCAGGCCUACAUGAAAAUUGUCAAAAUGAAUUGAUUUUUAACAUUUGUUACCAUUUAGGAUACUUUAUUACACUUUUAAAAAGACAUUUUUCGAUUUCUGAGAAGUGCCUGUUUAUGUACAUAGUAAUACUAUACUCCAAUAUGUUUAUGUUGUGGGCACUGAUAUGUUGAUAUCAAGUGCACUAAUUGUUAUGGACAUUCGUGGCCCAUGAGAAUAGACGCUGAGCUGCCACCUAUUUAUCAUAUACUGCUCCCAUAUUCAGAGGGAUUCUGUUCCCUUAACUAUAUUCAGAGUGAUAACUGUCUCCAUCACCAAUAUUUAAAGUAGUACCAGAAUAUUGCCAGUAGAAUUUUUCGAUUGCAUUGAUUCCAGUACUGGAUGAGUCUAGCUUUGAAAGUGAAAAUGUUUAUUGUAUACACAGUGGGGAUUAGAGUGGAGGUGUUACCUCUAUCUAACAAAGUUCAGAUGAUGUGGGCAUUGCCCUUACUUUUUAUCUUUCAGCUUCCACAAAUCUUUCCCUUAAAGUGAACCUGGCAAGGAAAAAGAGCAUGUCUAAAUCUAAUAUAAUAGCCUACUAGCAAGCACCAAAAGAUGCCUUCUAAUACCUCCAGUUGUGAGGAAAACAGCUGUUCAUUUGGACAGCCCUUAAAUGCAGCUGUGCACUGUAGAUAAUAAAUUAUUGGUUUCUUGAGA